AUGUCCCUCAGGGGGACCACAGGCGACAACACGCGCCUGCUUCGGAAGGCUCCAGAGGAGGAGGAGGAGGAGGAGGAGGAGGAGGAGGAGGAGGAGGAGGAGGAGGAGGAGGAGGAGGAGGAGGAGGAGGAGGAGGAGGAGGAGGAGGAGGAGGAGGAGGAGGAGGAGGAGGAGGAGGCGAUGCAGGCGGAGGGCGUGCGGGAGGUGGCCGUGGCAACUGGCCUGGAGGUGCUGUACCAGGAGACCCCCAACUACCGCGGAGCGGCGGCCGAGGCUGACCGCAUGAUCGAGCCAAGGGAGACGGCUAGGCAUGCCUGGCGAGUGCCAGACCUGGGCGUAGAGCCUGUUGCUAGUGCUGCAGAGGAGGCGGUUACUGAGGGGGAAAACCCCUAA